CGGCUCCUACCGCUGCACAGCACCGGGGGCAGGGGGCAGUGGGGUCCAACGCGCCGGUUGCCGCCAGCAAGGUGACGGGGACGGCGUCGCCCCGGCCCGACCCGGCCGCCGCCUCCGCUUGCCGGAGCUGCGUCCCGCCCUCUCGGCGCCGUUUCCAGCCGGCGGCGUUUGGCCGGCGCACGGCGGCGGCAGAGGCGGGAGAUCUGGAGAAGAAGGCGGCGGCUUCAGGCGCUACCAUGUCGGUUAAGAGAGCAUUAAAGUUGGACUCUGUUAAAAAAGAUAAUCCAGCUGAUGCAACACCUUUGAAGACCAAAAAGAAAAAUCUAAUCUACUCACCAACAACAGGAACUUGCCAGAUGAGUCCAUUUUCAUCUCCCAUGAGUUGUAAUGCACAAAACCUUGGAACUGGCCCAUCAGAUGGAGAUGGAACCACAGAGCCGAACAAUUCAGAAAGGAGAUUACCCAGAAGAGGGCAGCCUCAAACAGAGCAGGAAGCGUUCAUGGAAUUACAGUCCAAAGUGAAGAAUUCAUUGGUUAGAAUUCUGAAAAUAAGAGCAAAUCUGGCAAGCCUGCAGGCUUUAGAGGGCAGCAAAGAGCUUGAGAAUAUCAUUGGUGUCUCGGACUUGUCUUGUUCCCUGAAUACUGAAGUGCAGAAAACCAAAGUGCUAAUGACUCAAGCAGAAGAGCUGCAGCUGCUGAAAAGGAACCAUGGAAAACUUCCUGCUCGAGAGUACGUUCAGACUACGAGCAGCUCUGACUUCCUGACCUCGCUUCUUGACCAAGGCAUUAUGUGAAAAAUGCAUUCCGCAUCAACCCCAACUUCUACAUCUGCUUGACUGUACUUAAAAGGAGAGAAGAAAUGGCUGUAAACCAAUCUCCCCAGCAAAUACCAGUUUGGGAUGGCUCAUUGCACCAGGCAGGUGCACAUCUAGAUAAAAUUUCUGGCAUCUAUUUAAACUUAACAAUGUGCACAACCAGAUAAUCUCAAUGUAAAUAAUAUAGCAUGGUUGGCUUAUGCAAGCAUGCCUACAAACUGCAGGGGUAGGCUUGCUGCUGUGGAGAAAAGCAACUCUCUGCUGGGUUUUUUUACUGCAAAUAGAGAAUUUUACUGUUUUAUUAAUAAAGCUCCUCCACUUUUACCCUCCCUCCAAGAA